GGCCACCAUCAUCACCCACCCCAGCACCAUCUUCCAGGAACUGGCCUCUCCCCCAUUAGUCCCCGCCCCUCUUCUGAGAGCACCCAAUGGGGGAAGUCGGGGCUGCGGUGGGAGGGGCCUGAGGCGGGCACAUUUAAAGAAAGGCAGAGGGCGAAAGGAGGCAAGAGAGGAGAAGAAAGAGAAACCAGGGGGCGAGGCGCCGUCCAAUGACAAAGCCCAGGGGUGGGCGCCGGCCGCCAUCUUGUACCGGGCGGCAGGAUAUUCACCCGCGUCCUCCGCCCUCGGAGGGGGAGGGGCGGCGGCAGAGGCGAGAAAAGUAGCGAGAGACGCGUCAGCGGCGGCCGCUGCCGCGGAGCUGGACGCGGGCGGGGACGGCGGCGGCAGCGGGACCCGGCGACCCCCGCCGCCGCCGGCCACCGAGGAGAGCUGCCCGGCCAAGCUCCUGGCCUCCGGGCCCUGCUUCGGGGGCCGCACCCUGGAAGAGAUCUGGAGGGCGGCCACCCCGACACUGACCACCUUUCCCACCAUCCGCGUCGGCAGCGACGUGUGGGGCGAGCGCAGCCUGGCGGCGGCGCGGCGCAAAGCGCGCCAAGUCCUGCGAGUCAACCUGGAACCCAUGGUGAGGCUCCGCCGCUUCCCCGUGCCCCGGGCGUGA